UCUGAGAGAGAGAGGGGGGGCACUUGGCAUUCUCUUCUGAGGACGACUCGGAUUGCCCAAAACUUGGCGUCUCCAAGCUUUCCCAAUCCGAACACUCAAAAACACCAAUGCAACUUUUCUUUUCCUUCUCACGUUCUGUUCACCAGCGCUAAGACUUUCAUCUCUAUGCCUCUCUUGUUUUCAUCUUCACCAUCCUCGAACGUCUUCAUCCUCUUCUUCGCCUAGAUUAACAUAAUCGAAUCCAAGUUCGUGACUUUCCGUCUGGGUUUUCGAUUUUAGUUUCUGGGUCUUCUUCGUUUUCUUCUUCUUCUCGCAUGGCCGCUUCGUCUAUGACAUCUCCGCUCUGCACGUGGCUGGUCGCUGCUUGCAUGUCGGUCACAUGCGGCGCAGACCACUCCACGUGCCCUUCCAUGUUCAGUUCCAGCAAGAGACACAGCAAAUGGACUCGCAGCAGGACGAGGGUCUUGUCCAAAUGCAGCUCUGAAUUCCAGAGGGGCCUGAUUUCCUCCCUGUGUGGAUCGAGCAUUCAAGGCCUCAUGAGCUCCUGCCUCGCUUUUGAGCCAUGCCACGAGUACUAUAGCUCCAAGGGCCUUUCUUCUACGGGUUUUUCCUCUCUGUUCGGAUCCAAUAACGUUCCUCUGAAUCGUAGACAGAGGCGUUUGAAUCGACCACCCCGUUUCGGGGAAGCCAUGGCUGUAGCUGUGGAACCUGCCCGGGAAGUCGCUAUAAAAAAGAGACCUCUCACAAAGCAAAGGCGAGUAGUUGUGACAGGGAUGGGUGUGGUGACCCCACUUGGUCAUGAUCCAGAUGUUUUCUACAAUAAUUUGCUUGAGGGUGUCAGCGGCAUAAGUGAAAUUGAGGCUUUUGAUUGUUCCCAAUUUCCAACGAGAAUUGCUGGAGAGAUCAAGUCUUUUUCUACUGAUGGAUGGGUUGCACCAAAACUUUCCAAGAGGAUGGACAAAUUCAUGCUUUACAUGCUUACUGCGGGCAAAAAAGCAUUGGCAGAUGGUGGAAUUACAGAAGAUGUAAUGAAUAAUUUAGACAAAAGAAAAUGUGGAGUUUUGAUUGGCUCGGGAAUGGGUGGCAUGAAGGUUUUUAACGAUGCAAUUGAAGCUUUAAGGGUUUCAUACAAGAAGAUGAACCCUUUCUGCGUACCUUUUGCGACUACAAAUAUGGGUUCUGCCAUGCUUGCAAUGGAUCUGGGAUGGAUGGGCCCAAACUAUUCUAUCUCUACUGCUUGUGCCACAAGCAAUUUUUGUAUAUUGAAUGCAGCAAACCAUAUCACUAGAGGUGAAGCUGAUGUGAUGCUUUGUGGUGGCUCAGAUGCGACAGUUAUACCUAUUGGCUUGGGAGGUUUUGUAGCAUGCAGAGCACUUUCCCAGAGGAAUAGUGAUCCUGCAAAAGCUUCACGCCCUUGGGAUAUUAAUCGCGAUGGGUUUGUUAUGGGAGAAGGAUCCGGGGUUUUGCUCUUAGAAGAAUUAGAGCAUGCUAAGGGAAGAGGUGCAAAUAUCUAUGCAGAAUUCCUGGGUGGAAGCUUCACUUGUGAUGCUUAUCACAUGACCGAGCCACGACCUGAUGGGGUUGGUAUUAUCCUCUGCAUAGAAAGGGCGUUAGCUCAGUCUGGGGUGUCUAGGGAAGAUGUGAAUUACAUAAAUGCACAUGCUACCUCCACACAAGCUGGAGACUUGAAAGAAUACCAUGCUCUUAUUCAUUGUUUUGGCCAGAAUACUGAGUUGAAAGUGAAUUCUACAAAAUCUAUGACUGGUCACCUAUUAGGAGCAGCUGGUGCUGUGGAAGCUGUUGCAGCAGUACAGGCAAUUCGGACGGGGUGGGUACAUCCAAAUGUCAACCUGGAAAAUCCAGAUGAAGGCGUGAACACAAGUGUGCUGGUGGGCCCAAAAAAAGAGAGACUGGACGUCAAGGCGGCGUUGUCUAAUUCAUUUGGGUUUGGUGGUCACAACUCAUCGAUCAUUUUUGCACCUUACAAGUGAAAUUGAUCUGGUGGGCUACUCCAACCUUGCAGUAUAAUGCUAAAGGCUGGUUGGACAGCGGGCCACAAGAGAUGAAUACCCCUAUGGUUGGAGAUAGAGAACAUCCGGUUGGCGCAAGGUGUUAUCAUGCAAUGGUCUUACUUUCGUCUUGUUAGAAGCUUUUCUUUUAUCAUAAACAUACCCAAAGUAGGGUUUGAUCACGCCAUUGAAUGAACAUUCCAUUGCAAUACUAGUAUUUUAUUAAGUGUACUCUAUAUGCCGGUUUGGGAAUAAAAUUAUUUAAAAAAAUAAAA